AUGUCUACGACUGCGCUGCCUCUCCACAAGUUUCUCGUCUAUGCUCCUGACCAGACUGAUGUUGGCGCGUUAGAGCGUCGACUGUCUGUCCGGGCCAGUCACCUCGAGAACGCGACGGGAACUGCGCGGAAGGGUUUACUCCAAACUGGGGGACCGUUGCUUUCGCCCGAAUCGAUCGCGUCACCUACAGCUGAGAAGAAGAUGGUCGGAUCGCUGAUGAUCUUUGAGGCCGAUAAUAUCGAAACCGUCAAGAAAAUUGUCGAGAGUGACAUUUACUACACCAGCGGCGUUUGGGAUAAGGAGAAACUGGUCAUCCUGCCAUGGAUACAAGCAACCUUCCAGUGA